AUAAUGUUCAAUAUGUAAAAAAAAAUAAUAAUAUAGUAUGAAUAGACUGUUAUGCUAUAAAUUAAUAUCUGAUUUAUGCCUUGUAUAAUUAUUUUCAAACUUCUUCUACUAAAUGGGGUUUUUAAUUAGGUUCUCAUCGUUCAUACUUUUCUAUUGUUCUUGUUUCCACAAUACAAUAAUAACAUUAUUAAAGCCUCUCUUUGUCUCUAGGACUAGCUUACUCCAAGGUUCAAUCCUUUCCCUCCUUUCUAUACCCUAUCAACAGUCUUCCAACCAUUUUAUAUUUAUCAUCCAUUACGACCGAUGUACCAUAACACACAGCAAUUAAGAAGCGCGAUUAAUUGUCUAUUAUAUGUUGAUGCUGCUGCUCUUGUUUCUCUUUAUCUAAAAGCUCAAAUAUGAAUAUUCAAUGGUAAAAAUUAAAAAACUUGACAGAAUACUGUAAUAAUAACUAUAUGCUGC